AUGGGUAGUUUGAGUGCAUGUGUUCAUUUGCAAACUUGCGUAUUUCCAGCGCCAUCCUUCGAUGCUCUAGCUGCUAUUCAAGCUAUACAUGAAGAAAAAUGUACGGCAAUUUAUGGUACUCCAACUAUGUAUAUUGAUAUGCUGAAUCAUCCUCAAUAUAAACAAUAUGAUUGCACAUCGAUAACAUCAGGUUUUGUAGCCGGAGCGCCAUGUCCCAUAGCAUUAUGCCAAAGACUUGUGAACGAAUUGGGUAUGCGUGAUUUGCAGGUAUGUUACGGUACAACAGAAACUAGUCCAGUAUCUUUCAUGUCACUUAGAGAAGAACAACCGGAAGACCGUGUCAAGUCUGUUGGCUAUAUUAUGGAUCACCUUGAAUCUGCUGUAGUCGAUAGUGAAGGAAUUAUUCUACCGCGUGGCGAACGUGGUGAAGUACUCGUUCGUGGUUAUUCC